AUGGCAAGCUGUGCAUUUAUUACAGCCUUUCAGAAUUAUGGCAUAUCGUUAGACAGGUACCUGAGUGACAACAACUUAACGAAACUAGAAGAUUCACCUUUCCGAAAUUUAACACAUCUUUUCGAACUGAACUUGGCUCACAACAACAUCUCUUACGUUGCAACUUCUGCAUUCUCAGGGUUAACUAAACUUCGUUCCUUGUCCUUGCAGAACAAUAAAUUAUUCGAAGUCCCAGCUGACGCUUUAGAAAUUCUGACAUCGCUAGAAGCUCUGCAUUUGGACAGCAACCAAUUGCAGUCGGUUCCGAGUGGGAGUCUCAAGUCAUUACGGAGAUUGCAGAAAUUGUGGUUGAACGGAAAUCAGCUGAGAGAAAUCCCAAGUCAGGCUCUUUCCCGACUGCCUGAACUGGAAGCCCUCGAUCUGGGGGAGAACAAGAUACAAGGCGUUCCCGAUUUUGCGUUCAAAAAUUUAACAAAACUGGUUAUCCUAAUGCUGUACAGGAAUGAAAUCAGUUACAUUGGACCUUACGGUUUAGAUGGCUUGGAUUCCUUAAAAGUCUUAGAAAUUCAUGGAAACAAGCUGACUGAAUUUCCUGCAGCUGUUGCAAGUCUUCCGACACUCCGAGAAUUGAUUUUUUCGGAUAACGCAAUCACUGAGCUCUCGGAGUCCGCCUUCCGCCACAAUCCGAAACUGACCCUUCUGGAAAUGGGCGGAAAUCCGAUCAUGAAGGUCGGAAGUGCUACUUUUGCAAAUCUGCCAAGUCUCAAGAAAUUACGAGUAUCAGAAGCCAGGCAGAUGGAAGAAUUUCCAGAUUUGACAGGGACUAGCGCUCUCGAAUUGUUAGCCCUUGAUCGAGCCAGCUUACGUUACAUUCCAAGCGACUUGUGCGAUAAAGUUCCUUUGCUCAGGAGACUCAUUCUGAGAUCAAACAAAAUCGACAAGUUACCAGACCUCAGUGGAUGUAAAGAACUGCGACAAAUCGAUUUUAGCUAUAAUGAGAUUUCAUCAUUGGAAAAUUCACCCUUUCAACACCAAAGUAAACUGAUUGACCUAUUUUUGGGUUACAAUUUCAUACGCUACAUUCCUGAAGACGCCUUUCUGGGUUUGCAAAAUUUACAAGUUUUAGACUUGAUGCAUAAUCAUAUAGAGAGUAUACACGAGAAUGCAUUUAUGAAUCUCACUAAACUAACAGACCUCAAUUUGGGAGAGAAUAUAUUUCCGACCUUGCCGACGGAAGGGCUGCAGAAUCUCAGACAACUUAAAACUUUCAAUAAUAAAAACCUUCGAGAAUUCCCUACACCUGAGACAUUUCCCAAAGUGCACACAUUGGCUCUUUCCUAUGCCUACCAUUGCUGCAUUUUUAGGCCUCUUGCCAGACGCCUUCCUCUACCAGCAACACUUCAAGAGACAAUCGUUUGGCUUUCCAGAGAAGACGUCGAUAUGGAAGCCUGGAGUACGAAUAUCACUGACGUGUGGCCAGGAUAUG